AUGUCACAAGCAGAGCCCUCGCUUGCAGGCGCGGAGCGCAUCAGGGCCAUCGAUGACGCAGACGGAAUGUUCAAGGCGUUCGACACAUAUCCUUGGACCAAAGACAAGAACUUCCUGUCCGGCCUCUCGGCCAUCCUGGGCGACCCAAACACGUCGAACCCCCGCGGCGAGCCCGCAGAGCUGGCCCUCCACGCCCGCAUCUUUUACUACGCCCAGCGCGUCGGCGUGCGCAUAGACUUUGCCCAGUACAAGACCUGGCUCGCAGAUCACCCCGAGCACGCGCCGCCCGACGUCUUACCGGAGGACUAUGCCCGCCAGACAGCCGCCGCAUCUCACGCUCCUGCAGACGCCGCAGGAGGAGACGCGCCGGCAGCGCCAGCAGCGGAACCGUCCGGCGUGCCGGCAUGGCAGUCCUCCGCCCCCAAAGCAGACCUCUAUGUCGACAAGUCCCAGCCCGCUGCCGCUCCGGCUGCGCAACCGGGAAGCGCCGACCAGCCCGCCUAUCCCAUGGGCUUCGCCGAGAUGCUGCAAAGGAUACAGCAGGGCCUUCCCAUUCCCGGGAUCGUUGAGAUCCCGGACACCGUUGUCAGAGAUCCCACCGUGAAGCCUUUCGGCGCGAGAGCAGCGCCGAAGAAGCCAUGGGAGAAGAACCUUGACCCUGCGCCGGCCGCAGAGGAAGCACCGACAGUAGUUGAUGCCAGCUUCCCACCGCUUGAUGCCUGAAAGGCACGUCAAGACGAUGGCGAGCAGAGUUGGCGGGAUACCACAUUCUCAAUGUGCAUUCUUAUCAUGAGCCAAGAAUCUUUAUGGAUAGUCGGUCAGCUUAUUUCCAUGCGAAUUGACAAAGAAUAAGAGUCACAAUUGGAAGCACCAUAACAGUCGAAACACAUGGCGACACCACGCAAGGACACGAUACAAGCAGGCUAGGCUAUCAAGUUUUAAUUACAGGCUACCGAAAAUAUGCCCUCAGCAGCUGAGGUUACGGACCAGGUGUGCCUGAUAGCUGGAAAUAUUCGUACAUGAUAAUUGUUUCCAUUCUCGCG